AUGGUAGACGCUGAAAAGGAUAAGACCAAGGGAGAGGAAAUUCAAGAAGAGAUCCAAAGAAUCAGAAUGACUCUUAGAAGCAAGGAGACCAAACCACUUGAAGCUGCAUGCGCUGAAAUUGUAGCUAGAGCCAAGAACCAAGGCUACGAAACUAAAGGGCCAGUUCGCAUCCCCACUAAGAUUCUCAAGAUCACAACCCGUAAAAGUCCUUGCGGAGAGGGUUCAAAGACUUGGGACAGAUUUGAAAUGCGCAUCCACAAGAGAGUCAUCGAUAUCCACUGCCCAUCAAGCGUUGUCAAGGAGAUCACUAAUUUCAGAAUCGAUCCAGGUGUUGAUGUCAACCUUAUUGUCUGGAAGCAGCAACCAGGCAUGAUUUAAGCUAGAUAAUAAAAUAGCGCCCAAUUUCCAUUUUCGGAACUUCAAAAAUUAUUACCAUAAAUUUCAGAGUCAGAGAGACAGAGUGUUAGAGAGUAGCUGCUAGAGACGCUUGCCAAAGAUAUGGAUCCAGAUAGCAUACAGAGAAUUAUAGAAAACCAAAAUAACCCAUUAAUAGAUUAGAUUGAUCAUGGUUUAAAUUCCAACAGUAAUAAAAUGAGUGUAAUAGACGUUGUUGUUUAGCUUGAGACUUUAAUCAACUCAAAGUACUCUGCUUAAGCAAGCAAUCAAAAUUAUAAGGGCUUGUCAAAGAAAAUAGUCUAGAGCUUGAAAACUAAACACGAUCAAAGAUUGCAAAUUAUGGGUAUCAAGGAUUAAACAUAGAUAGAAGAUUUUCUAUAAACAUUUCUGUUCGAAAAACCAAGACCAGGUGCUCCUUUAGCUCAAGAAAGUGCUGGAAGUGCAGCUACUACUAAUAAUAACUAGCAGAACAAUCCAUUUGCAUUCCCUAAGCCAACAACUACCACUGGUGCUAAUUAAAGGAGACCAGCUGGACCAUAGAGUAGGCUUCCUCAAUAAAGAUUUGCUGCUCCUGGUAUGUUUGUACCCCCUACUAUUGAGUACACUCCAGGUGCUAUUAAUGCAUUUGAAAAUAAAGAAUAGUCUGCUAAUGAUGGAGGUGCUGCAGCUCAGAGUAUUCUAGGUGGAUAAGAAUUUUCCUUAUCAGCUAAUAUAAUUGAGGGAUAAUAGCAUUAGAAUCAGAGCAAUGUUCAAAUAAAUUAUGAUCCACAAUCCUUCUUAGAGCAAGAGAGGCCUACUAUUCAGUAAAACAACAACUAAUCUUAGGAAGAGGCUAAGACUAACAAAGCAGCUGCAUCGAUCAAUUUCUUCUCAGAUUCUGGGGCAGCUGACUUAGGUUUACCUAACCAAUUGCAAUUGAGUAAUAUAGGUAUGAACUAAGAUAAUUAGAUCAUUAAUGAUGAGAUGGAUUAUUUUUCUUAGAUGGCUUUAAAAGCUACAUAGCAAUAAAACAAACUAAAUUAAGAUUUCAUGAUCAGAUAGCAGCAGGAACUUAAUGAAAGCAGACAUUAAGCUUAACUUGAUAUGAUCCAAUAAUAAAAUCUUGGAGUUUAUUAGCAAUUCACUUAACAGUAUUCUAUCUAGGAAGAACAAAGCAAAGGGGAUUAGACAAAUGAUCAAAAUUAAAGAUUAGAGUUCAACGACCUUAGUGGAAACGAACUACAAAAAUUGAAUCAAAAUCAAUUGCCUUUGAUAAAUCAAUAGCACAUACCCAACAAUUAAAAUGAUCUCUCAAUAGAGCAUCAGCAGGAUUAAUUAAUCCCACAUCAAGUUUAAAAUAAUUACUCAUAGUUUCAUCUUAGUAAUCAGAAUUCAAAUAUGGGACUAGUUGAGUUAAACUAAUCAUCGAAUAAUUCUAUAUUCAGAGAGGAAGGUAGAGUUUAUGAGGCUGAAGGAAAUCUAGAGUAAGAAGAGGGACAGUAAAAGUAAAAUUCUGAUUCAGAUAACAAUCAGCAGAGAGAAUAAUUAGAUAGUUAGAGAUUUAUUUAGCAAGAGAGUAAUGACAACUAAUUUUAGUAAUAAGAUGACCUAAAUGAAUAGCAGUUUAAUGAUAUUCCUUUGAUUGAGGAGCUAUAGGCAUCAAGAGCUCAUUCCUAAAACUAGGAUCAAAGAUACUAAACAGAGGAAAGUCCAGAGUAAGUCAAUGUAUAUGAGACUAUGCAAUUUAAUCAAGACUCAAAUACAACAUAAAAAAUGCAGGAUAUGUCUUAGAGUAGAAAUUAGUCUCUUCCUAAUUUUAGAUUGGAUAACCAAAGCCAUAUUCAAGCGAUGGGAAGUAACAAUAAUAACUACAACUAGUAUUAGCAGACUUAACCUGAUCUGAGAUCAAGUACUCCAUCAAUGAAAGGAUUCAUUCAAAGCUUUUAAUCAUCAAGACCCCCUUAAUCAGUUGCUUCACUUAACAUCACAAAUCUUGAGGAUUCUGAAGCAUUAAUAAGAGCUUACAAAAAGAAAAAGAAUGAACUUGAGGAAAUGAAGAAUGUUUACUAUCGCAUUGAAACAGAUUACUUUACAGAGAAAUAGAGAGCUUUACUAUUGGAGGAGGAAAACUAGCAUAUGAAAGUAAGUUUAUCAAAAGCAGAGAAAUCUUUGAGAGAAGCUUAGCUUAGAGAAUCUAGAAGAGACACUGAUGUAUUAUAAAAGCAACUCCAACUAAAGGCUUAAGAAAUUCAAGCUUAUCAAAAUGAAGUACACAAUCAAAAGCUAGAGAAUCAGAAAUUAAGAGAGAAACUUAAGGACUCAAUGACUAGAAAUAGAGGUGGCGCUGGUGGAUCAGGUUCAUCUCUGUCUCAUGUAAGCGAAGAAAGCAAUUAAAAUACUGCAUUCCUGAGUGAUCAGAUAUAAAAGCUACAAGCAGAUAAUACUAAUCUCAGAUAUCAACUUGACCAGGCAAGAGGCACUAUAAGUAAUAUGAAUGAGGAAAGCAAUAGAAGGCUUAGAUCUUUGGAGGAAUAGAAAAAUUAACUUAUAAAUUAACUAGAGCAGACCAUCCAUUAAUUAAAAGCUAAAUAUGAUACAGAUACUGUUAAACUAAUCUCAGAAAGGGAUACUUAGUCUUAAGUAUGCAGAAGACUCUAGGAGGAAUUAUCUUUAAAAGCAAAAGAAAAUGAAUAAUUAGCAAAACAUUUAGAAGAAAAAUCUAAGAGAGAAGAACAUUUACUAUCUGAAAAAGCUAAACUCAUAGAGAAGUCACAGAAUAGUAGCUUUGUGAAUUUAAGUGGGCCCUAGGUAGAAAACUAAUCCCCACAAACACAACAAGAUCCAGGCUAUAUUGAUUAUCACAAUCUCUCUUCAAACAGCUCAAGAAGUCACCAAGUAGAACAGAGAUCAAUAAAUGAAGUCCAGGUUAUCAGAGGAGAUUAUUUCAACAACUAAAUUGAUGAAGCAGAUAAGAAAUCAAGUGCUCCUCCUUCAUAGCAUAACAAAUAGUAAAUAAAUCAGUUUAUUCCAACUUAGCACUCUAAUUAACCUAUGUAAUAACAAUAGCAUAAUUAGACUGCUCAGUAGUAGAUAGGGAGUUAGAAUUUCUAAUAACCCUAAUAAAGAUAACACUAAUAACAAAUUAUAAGUCAGCCAUUAAAUCAGAAAUAGCAGUAGUUACCACAGUAAUAACAAUAAAGAUCAGCUUUCUCAAAUAGUCAGUCAGAUGCAGAGGAUUUCUUCUCAAGCUUGUCUUAAAAUGCUUAAAUGAAACCACCCACAUAGAAUAAUCAGACUCAACCCUAGUAGCAGAUAAUAAGAUAACAGCAACCGCAACAAAUGAGGCAGGCUUUACCAUAAACUUUCCCAUAGAACAGUUAAAUAAUUUAGCAGCAAGCUGAAUUAUAUAAUAAUCAAAAUAUCCAAAUGAGACAACCCCUCCAGUAGUAAACAUAGAUAACUUAGAAGCCUCCUCAAUAAUAUUAGAAUUAGAGAUAGUAACCACAAAUUUAACAGAUUUAAAAUCAAAAUUAAAUACAAAAUGCUUAUAAUUUUACCCUUGAUGAAAUUAGUUUUGAAGAGAGCUUUAGUAUCCAACAAACAUAAAAGAAUAAUUUUUCAGCCCCUAUACCUCAGUAGCAAAUGUAGCAUUCUGCUAAAGCACAAAAUUAUUCUGCUCCUUAAUAAUAGCAAUACUUUUAGCCUUAGAAUAAUGUUGAUUAACAGAAAUAGCAGCCACACUUGCAGUAACAGUAGCAAUAAAAGCAAAAGAAUACAGUAGUUAAUCACUAAAUAAAUAAGUACUUUGAGGAUGAUACUGAGACAGAUUUCAUUUAAUAGAAUCAAAUUAAUGCAAAUGUAAUACCAAACUCACUCUUCGAUUGA